CGGCUUUUGUCCUGGUUCUUCUGGUUUCUCAAGUUUUGGUUCUUUUCCGUCAGAGGCUCGAGCAGGGUUGGGUUUCACACCUCGUUUGGUGACGGAUCCGACAUUCCAGAGGGUCACCUCGAGCACGUUAGAGACGUGGUGUGGAAGAAUAUGGUUUUCAACCACUGGAAGCAGGGAGACGUCGUGAUGAUUGAUAACUUCAGGAUCUCUCACGGACGCCAGCCAUUCUCGGGUCGGAGAAAGAUCGUGGUGUCAUGGUCCCAGCCCUACACCAAGCCCAGUCUCCAUUCCAUUCCAGCUGGAACUCGCUAACUCUUGCACAAU